GUAAAAAUCAGUGGGAGCAGAAGAAGAAACAGGAGCAUAAAAUAAGAAAGUAGUGAAGAAGAGAAGAAGAGAAGAAGAAGAAGAAAAGAAGAAGAGAAGAAGAAGAGAAGAAGAAGAGAAGAAGAAGAAGAAGAGAAGAAGAAGAGAAGAAGAAGAGAAGAAGAAGAGAAGAAGAAGAAGAGGAGAAGAAGAGAAGAAGAGAAGAAGAAGAGAAGAAGAAGAAGAGAAGAAGAAGGGAGUGUAACGAGUGACAUCAUCAGUGACAUCAUCAGUGACAUCAUCAGUGACAUCAUCAGUGACAUCAUCAGAGUGACAUCACCAGAGUGACAUCACCAGAGUGACAUCACCAGAGGAGGACUCAGACGAUGGAGUCUCGGCUGAGCUCCUGCUGGUUCUGCCUGUGGGUUCUGGUCCUGGUCCUGGUCCUGGUCGGAGGCGUCUCGCCGAAGUACAUCGUCCAACGCACCGAAGUCAGCUUCAAUGCCGCCAUCAGAGCCUGCUCACCGGGCGUCCUCGCCACGCUCAGAACCGACCGGGACCUCACCGAAGUCACCGAAGUCCUCCAGCAGAUCUCCUCUAAACCCUCUCUGGACCCGAACAAGUUCACCUUCUGGGUCGGACUGAAGAAGAACAAGACGGAGUGCGUGGUCCCCCAGCUGCAGCUCCGGGGGUUCCGGUGGUUGCCGGACGGCAGCGAGGAGGCGGCGCGGAUCCACUGGACAGUGGAACCAGAGGAGACCUGCACCUCCAGCCUCUGUGCCGCCCUGACCCGGUCCGACAGUGACAGCUGGGGUCUGAUCUCCAUCAGCUGCUUCACCCGGAUCCAGUUCAUCUGCAAGACACAAAAGACUAAAUCAGAACCACCAACCACAACAGAACCACCAACCACAACAGAACCACCAACUACAACAGAACCACCAACCACAACAGAACCACCAACUACAACAGAACCACCAACUACAACAGAACCACCAACCACACCAGAACCACUAACUAAACCAGAACCACCAACCACACCAGAACCACUAACUAAACCAGAACCACCAACCACACCAGAACCACCAACCACACCUGGAGCGCGCCCGGAGUCGGGUUUGUGUCUCCGCCCGUCGGUCCCCAGCACUCGCUCCGUCAUCCUGGACUCCACCAACAGCAGCCGGAUCUGGCUGGAGUGCUGGACCGGGGACAAGCUGGAGCUGAAUUGCGGCGGCGACCCGGCCGUGUGGCGCCUGCCCAACGACUCCCCCGCCAACCUCAGCGCCGUGUGUCUGCCGUGUGGCGCCGGCUUCCAGAAGAACGCCACCGGGGACUGCGUGGACAUGGAUGAGUGCGGCGGGAACCAACGGGACCAGGACUCGGCGUGCAGGGAGGCGGCGGCGGGCGGCCUGGACCCGUCCAUCCUGAUCCCCGUGCUGGUUGCCGUGGCGGCGCUGGUGGUACUGAUGGUGGUUGUCGCGGUGACGGUGAAAUGCUGCCUGAUGAGACGGAAGAGACGCGCAGAGAAGAUGGAGAUGGACAGCAGGACAGCCAAUGAGAAGACAGCAACAUGAGGCUGAGCUGGGAUUGGUCAACCUCCACUGUGUGGCAGUGACAUCAUCAGUGACAUCAUCAGUGACAUCACUGUGUUUUAAAUCCAAAAUGAAAAAAGAAGUUUUUACAAAGUUUUUAAAGAUUUUUCACUUUUUUAAUGUUUUAUAAUUUAAAUCCUUGCACCUGAUUGGCUGAUUGAGCUCAAACAUCACAGUUAAUAAUAAUUGUUUAUGAGCUUUAAAUAUUAAACUGGUCUUAACUGAAGAGUUUCUAUUAUUUAGUUUCUUUGUUGUUUUUAAUGACCUGAAAAUAAAACAACAUUUAAAAAGUAAUUCAUUCAUUUUAAUAGUUUGAAAUAUUUAAGACAAAAGACAGAAAAUAUAAAAGAAUUGAAAUAUAAAGGUAAUAAAUGUAAAUGAGGGUAUUUUUCAGAGGUUGAUUGACAGGUGGAGCGAAGGGGGCGGAGCUCUGAUGUCACAUCAGGAAACUUUUGUUUUCUUAAUAAAUAAAGUUUUGUUUU